AUCAAUCGCCGGCGUCAUCACCCAGAUCUGACUCAGACUCAGAGAGCAGAGCAGAGCAGAGCAGAUCUGAUUGACACAUUUCUGGUGAAUACUGACCCAGUGCCGACCCUGACAUUUGAAGCCACAGACAAUUGGAAGUUUUCGGACGUAGCGGCGUCCACAUAAAACGGGAUGCGAUGCAAACAUGUUUGGCAUGUUUAAGUGAAAAGAGCCCCGGCUGGAUGAUAACCGAAAUAUGUGUUGUAGUAUUCGAUUGUGUAUCUAUGUCGGGAUUUGGGUAGUCGGGAGUAUAUAAGCGAACUGGCUGAUCCAUUUCGUGCUCACACGCGCUCAAACUCUCGCUUUCUGCUCCACUCUUGUGUCUGCUCCGUCAUAAUGUACAAAUUCCUCCCUCUGCUCGUCCUAGCUGUGGUGGUGGCCUGCGGCCAUGCCCUGCCCGUGGAGCGCGAAGUGAUUGAGAUCCUCAGCGCGGAGACCAACAAGUUCGCCGAUGGGUCCUACAAUUCCCAGUACUCGACGGCGGACGGAACCAGCCGCCAGGAGGAGGCCAGCGUCGUGGACAAGGACACCGAAGAUGAGGCGCUGGAGGUGAAGGGCUCCUACAAGUACAUCAAUGAAGAUGGCCAGGAGGUGGAGGUCCACUACACAGCGGGCAAGAAUGGUUUCGUGCCCUACGGCUCCAUCAUCAAUCCGGAGAUCACAGCUGUGGCCGAGGCGGCCAAGGAUCUGCCCAAAGAGCCCGAACUGAAACCAAAGGCAUUGCAGGAGGCGUAGUUUUGAAUCGUAUGUAUCUACGAGUAUAAAUAAAACUCCAAAU